AUGUCUUACGGAUUUUUUUUCCGUAAGACAUUUUCCAAACUCUCACUUUCCCUUGCGCCGUUCAUCUUCCUUCUUCUUCAUCUAUCCAGGUGCUUUCUCUUUCGCAUACAACCGGUAUCAUCCUUGCGUCGUUCUUCAUCUUCUCAUCCAGGAUCUAGAUAUUAUAGAUCAACUGAGACAAUUCACCGUUACUUUAGGGUUGUAUUGAGAGCUGUUUUGAAAUUGUAUAAGCUAGUUGUUAGAUUACCUGAUGAGUCAACUCCUAGUGAAAUCAGAAACAAUCCAAGGUUUUAUCCUUAUUUUAAAGAUUGUAUUGGAGCAUUAGAUGGAACUCAUGUUCGUGCAUCCGUUCCACUUAACAUUCAAGGAAGAUUUCGUAGCCGUAAAGGGGGGACGACACAAAAUGUAUUGGCUGCCAUUACAUUUGAUUUGAAAUUUUCCUAUGUUCUAGCUGGUUGGGAAGGUAGUGCACAUGAUUCUCGUAUUUUAAGUGAUGCACUUUCACGCCCAAGAGGAUUAAAAAUUCCGGAAGGUAAAUAUUAUCUUGUUGAUGCUGGAUAUGGCAUCCGUAAUGGAUAUAUUACCCCAUAUCGUGGUGUUCGAUAUCAUUUAAAAGUGUUUAGUGCUCAGGGGCCUGAAAAUAAAAAGGAACUCUUUAAUCUUCGUCAUUCAUCAUUGCGAAUCACUAUUGAACGUGUUUUUGGGAUUUUGAAGAAACGGUUUCGUGUAUUAGAUGCUGAACCAUUUUGGAAUUUUCAAACUCAAGGUGAAAGUGGUUUUGGAUGGGAUGAUAACAUGAAAAUGAUCACAUGUGAUAGAGCGACAUAUGAUGCAGCAGUAAUGAUCUGCGAGAAUGAAGCGACUGAAGAGGUAAGAACAAAUGUAUCUUCAUCUGGCACAUCCAAACGUAAAAGAAAAAAGGCUAAAGAAAGUGUGGAAGAUGAACAAAUUAAACUUGUGAGUGAACAACUUGGCGAAAUUGCUAAUGCUUUGCAACAAUUUACUGCGGAUAAGACACCACAUCUUUACAAAGAAGUGAUGUCAAUGGAGGUAGAAUGA